UGAGGUUAUGUGUUGUACAAGAUUUCUUCACUAUUUAUGUUGUGAUGAACAAAUAUUAUUAUUGUUAUUAAAUGGUUAAUAAUUAUCAGUUUUUGAAGGAAAAGAAGCCUUAUGAAGUCUCAAUGGUGUUACCUCCUACGAGGAAUUGGUUAGACAAAAAAGUCUUAACCGAAAUUAAAUAAUUUUCCAAUUUAGCAGGUGACAACUGAUCAGUAUUUACAACAAAUUGUUUUUUAUUUUUUUUUAUAUAUAUUAUUAAAAAUUGUGAUCACUAUGAUGAUUGAUAUUCCAAAAGAAUUUAAGAAAUACUCCAAACAUUGUAAAAGCUUAAAACGUAUUAUUCAAGAUACUCAAAAUUACUUCGAAGAGAUUCAUAAUUCUCUACAAGUACAUGACGAAGUGAAAGAGGAAUUGUUGAGAAUAGAUAUUGAGAGAAUCAAACCAAAAUUAGAAUGCACCCCAACCCUUUUUGUAUUUGGCCAAAAUUGUCAUUCAAAAGCACUGUUUGCAAAUGUUCUUUUGGGACAAGCUAUUCUACCUUUAUUCAGUUCGAAAUGGAGAUGUGUUACAUUUAUUUAUGGUCUAUCGAAGUCGAUUCGUCUGACCUUGAAUCAAGACAUAGAAAUAGUGGAGAAGCUGCAGGCCCACGAAAAAUCAUGGAUAACGAUACCUGAAGCUGACUUGCAAAGGAGCGACAACGAAUCACUCUUGGAUCAUUGUCCCUCCUUGGAAGUUGAACUGUCGCACUCGAUUCUCAAAGAAAACGUCAACAUUAUGGUACCGCCUGACUGUUCAAUUGAACAAUUAUCUGAAAUUUUGUAUAAAUAUAUGGAUAACGUUUUGCCGAUCGUUGUUUACGCUAUUUCCGAAGGCAUCUUGAGUGAUUCGAACAUUCAAGAGAUCAAAAAGUUAAAAGAUAUUUACAAAGUCCCGUUUUUGUUUGUAAGUCUAAUGACCAAUGAAAGAGUCAGCACGGAAUCACUAACAGAAUCUGAACAACAUUUAUUAGAAUCAGAGAGUCGACAAAAAAUUUCGAAUCUACAAAAUUUACGUGAUCAACUAUUAAGACUGGGAUUUAUAGACGACACGGAAAACUCAAAGACUGACAUAAUGAAAGCGAAAAAGAAUUCUUUGUGCUUGGAAUGUUCAUUAGAUACGUUAAUAAGUGAUAAAAAAAUUAAUGAAGAUUUCCUAAGCCAUAUACAAAAUGUUCUGAAAUACACCGUUUUAAAACUUGCUGCCAAAUUGAGUGAGGUACACAACAAAUCCCUUCGACAGUUUAUACUUCGGGCAUUUGAUAUGGCCCGUGAAAUUCAAAUAACCCCCAAACGUAUUGAAUAUGCUCAAAAAAUUGAGUUACAAUUAUACGAUACUCUUAUGAACAUAGCUUGUGAACAGCAAGAAGAAAUCACGGCUAUCAUUCAGCGAACGCUCUUAGAUAUGAAAUCCAACGUUGCCGAAGUAUUAGAAGGAUAUAACCAUCCAAACAACGGUCCUCAAAGAACAUCAAAAACGGCGACAAUAGAAAUCCAACAAUUGGUCUUAAAAAGACUGAAUACCUCUGUGGCGACUCAGAUAGUCCAAUCUGUGGGUUGUCUACAUGAAAGUUUCACAGGAACUUUGCAAAGAUGCUUGGAGAGUCUCGAGAAAAAUUGCAGUGAGUCUGAAGGGAACCUCUCAGCGUCUGAUGCGGUCAGGCAAAUAGUUAGCGCUGCUUAUAAUAUAGAUUUGAAUUCUUCGUCAUCUUUUUCCAUUAUGCAUACGUUAAUGGAUCGAUUUAGAACCAUACUGUCAUCUUUUGUAUUGCCUUGGUCUUCAUCUGGUCACGUCCAGUGCAAUUUUCAGUGGCAGCUGCAGGUUGCUACCAAUAUGAUUGAUAAACUGAGUGCUUCAAAACUAGCUAAGACCAUAUCUAUACAGUUUAAAGAACACAUUAAAGCCUCCCACGAGGCAUUCGUAUCCGCUAUUCGAUCUUUGGAUCACCAGUUGUCCGACCAAUUAGAACAAACUGAGGAACAAAGGAUAGCGAUACGAAAAAAGCAUGCUCCAAGAUUCGCCAGGUUGGCCCUAGAAAGUACGUCUCUUUGCGAUUUGAUACGCUAUGGUAUGCCUAAACAAAUUAAAGAAAUAGGCAGAGGGCAAUAUGGAGUGGUGUCUUCUUGCGAACCUUGGGCUGGAAUUAAUCCCUGUGCCUUUAAAUCUGUAGUACCUCCGGAUGACAGACAUUGGAAUGAUUUAGCUAUGGAAUUCUUCUAUACUAGGACUAUUCCAGGACAUCCUAGAAUAGUAAAACUUAGAGGAUCCGUAAUAGAUUACACGUAUGGUGGUGGUAGUUCUCCAGCUGUGCUACUAGUAAUGGAAAGAAUGACUAGGGAUCUGUAUUGUGGCCUUCGUAGCGGACUGUCUUGGGUUGUGCGAUUAAAAAUAGCUAUAGAUGUUAUUGAAGGAAUUCGAUAUCUUCAUUCGCAGGGAUUAGUUCACAGAGACAUUAAACUAAAAAAUGUUCUUUUGGAUGCCAAGGAUAGGGCGAAACUAACGGACUUCGGGUUCUGUAUACCGGAAGCCAUGAUGUCUGGCAGUAUAGUUGGCACCCCUGUUCACAUGGCGCCCGAAUUAUUGAGCGGAAGGUACGAUUCUAAAGUUGAUGUGUACGCUUUUGGGAUUCUAUUUUGGUAUAUUUGCGCCGGCCAAGUUAGGCUGCCCACUCAUUUCGACCAGUUUCAGAAUAAAGAACAGUUAUGGAACAGCGUAAGAAGAGGAAUUCGACCAGAAUGUUUGCCAAACUUUGAAGAGGAGUGUUGGAAUCUGAUGGAGCAAUGUUGGGCGGCAGACCCUGCGGACAGGCCUUUGCUGGGUUACGUUCAACCGCAGUUGGAGGCCAUCUACACCAGUGUUAAGAAUAAAUGUAGUAAUUCUAAAGCGUCUAAUUCUAUCGAUAAUCCUUCCUAAUUGAUGUAGAUAUAUUGUGAUUGGAUUUAAGUUUGUGAAUUUAAUAUUUAUUUUUAUAACACCUAUUGAACGUGUUUUCAUUUUUUUUUAAAUAUUUUUAAACGAAGAUAUGUUGUUCUCGAUUAUGUUUUUAAAGGUUUGUGAUAAGUUGAAUAUUUUCUACUUAUUAACUUUUAUCAGCUGUAACUGACGGCGGAUAUAGAUACAGAUAGCUUCCAACAAGUUUAACUAUUACUUGUCUGCUAGUUUAUAAGUUACAAGGUAUUGAGAAAUGAUCAAGUGUCCUCGUAACAAAUUUUAAAUCGAAUAAAAUUAUAUAUACAUG